AGAGGAGACACGAUCAUCAGAUCGAACAAGUGAGGGAGCAGUUGAUCAAUCGGCGAAGAAAAGAAAAGAUGCAGAUCUUCGUCAAGACCUUGACGGGGAAGACGAUCAAGCUCGAGGUGGAGAGCAGCAACACUAUCGACAAUGUCAAGGCCAAGAUCCAGGACAAGGAAGGCAUCCCUCCGGAUCAGCAGCGCUUGAUCUUCGCGGGGAAGCAGCUGGAGGACGGGCGCACCCUGGCCGACUACAACAUCCAGAAAGAGUCGACGCUGCACCUGGUGCUCCGCCUGCGGGGCGGCAGCCGCGGCCAGUACAUCAUCAUGGACCCCAGCCUCCUGCAGCUCGCCCUCAAGUACAAGGAGAAGAAGAUGAUCUGCCGCAAGUGCUACGCGCGCCUCCCCCGCGGCACCACCAACUGCCGCAAGAAGAAGUGCGGCCACAGCAACGAGAUCAGGGCCAAGAAGAGGUUCCUCGACAAGCAUAUCAUGUGAAGAAAAAGAAGAAGAAGAAGCACAAGGCUUAUAUAUCCACCGCCGUCCAAUAUGAUAGAUUUUCGUGUUAUAUAGUACUCCCUCUGUAAAGAAAUAUAAGAGCGUUUAGAUCACUAAAGUGAUGGUCUAACACUCCUAUAUUUCUUUCCAGAGGGAGUAGUAUUUUACAGUAGUAUUUUCUACAUAUAGGAAGAUAGUCUUAAGUCUUACUAGGUUCUAACUAGUAGUCCGCAUCGAUCGGAUGCGUGUAUCGAACCAUUACUGCGAGUUAUUAUGGAUGUCUAAUGAUGAUC